GAUUUUGAAAGUGGGAGAUUUAACUUGUUUUGGACUUAACUGUAAUCUUUAUAUUGGUAAACUUUGUCUCAAAAGCGUAACGGUGUUAUUAAACACGUGUAUUAUGUGUUUAACUUAAUUAAAGUAGCUUGCUAGCACAACUCAAUUUAUGGAUAUUUGAUCUAAGCAGCAAUCACUGGCCCGUGGCUCCUCGCUCCGACAGCCAGGAUGGAGCCUCGUCACGGGAUCAUGAAAGCCUUCCCCAAAGUCAAACGGGCUAAAGUGCUGAAGGGGAAGGAUGAGCCUCCACUAAAGAAGAAAGCAGAUGCACAUGAUGUCACAGGAACCAUCUUUAAUGGAGUCACCGUGUACCUGCUGCCUGCUGGAAUCGGAAACGCCAGAUGCCAGAUCUUCCACAGGCAAAUCGAACAGAAUGGAGGCCAGAUCCAGAGUUCAUUGUCCCCCUGUGUCACUCACGUCGUCGUUGACGACACCAUGGACAGCGACAGGGCUCUGCGCCUGCUGAAAGUGGACCGUCUGCCCUCUGAUGUCCAUCUGGUGAAAUGCUCAUGGCUAAGCUCGUGUAUCGGCGAGAAGAGGCUCCUGGAUGAAGAGAACUAUAGCCUUCUCUUACCCAAAAGGGAUUCUGAGUCAAAGCGUGAAAGUACACAAAAACAAUCAGAAAUUAUUGAACAGCCUGCUGAGACGAGCGCAGAGCCAGAAAGCCAUUUAACCACAGACACAACAAUCCCAGAGGCCAAAGAAGAGGCUCCCAGAGAAGAAGACGGCGUUUCUCAGAGCGACCUGGAAGCUCUGCUCACCGGUCGGCACCCUAAGGAGGAGAAGGCAUUUAUCUCCGGUCCAGAUGCUGCUGCUGCUGAUGAUGAUGACGGUGGUCAGAAACUCACUUUAGGAAAGUGGGUCUGUGCUCAGUCUUCUCAGUCCAAAGGUAAUAACUUCAACAAGCACAUCACAGACAAGCUGGAAGUGCUGGCCAAGGCCUACACGCAUCAGGGAGACAAGUGGAGAGCACUGGGCUACUCCAAGGCUAUCAACGCGCUGAAGAGCUACCACAAGCCCGUGACAUCAUAUCAGGAAGCUUGUCAGAUCCCAGGAAUAGGAAAACGCAUGGCGGACAAAAUAGAAGAAAUAAUGGAGAGCGGCCACCUGAGGAAGCUCGAUCACAUCGGCGAGGCCGUGCCUGUCUUGGAGCUUUUCACCAACAUCUGGGGAGCUGGAGCGAAGACGGCACAACUUUGGUACCAACAGGGCUUUCGCACUCUGGAGGACAUCCGAACCAAAGCCCACCUGAGCAGCACUCAGAAAAUAGGACUGAAACACUACGACGACCUUCUAGACCGAAUGCCCAGAGAAGAGGCGGCGGCGAUAGAGAAAGUGGUGAGGGAUGCUGCACAUGCCGUUGACGCAAACCUCGUUGCCAUGGCGUGUGGCUCCUACCGGCGUGGGAAGGCCACCUGUGGCGAUGUGGAUGUGCUCAUCUCUCACCCCGACGGCAAGUCCCACAAGGGGGUUUUCAGCAAAGUGUUGCAGAUUCUCCACGACAGUGGGUUUCUAACGGACGACCUGGUGAGCCACGAGGAGAACGGAGAGCAGAAGAAAUACAUGGGGGUGUGCCGUUUGCCCGGGCCCGGACGACGGCACCGCAGGCUGGACGUCAUCGUGGUGCCUUACGACGAAUACGCCUGCUCGCUCAUGUAUUUCACAGGCUCCGCCCACUUCAACCGCUCAAUGAGAGCGCUGGCAAAGACGAAAAACAUGAGCUUGUCAGAGCACUCCCUGAACAAAGACGUGGUGCGUCAAGGCAGCCUGAAGGUGCACGGCGGCACCCCGCUUCCCACGCUGACAGAGAAGGAUGUUUUUAGUCUUUUAGGGAUACCGUACAGACCGCCUCAAGAACGGGACUGGUGAUGAGCUUGCACACAAGUAGGCGGGCAUUUACGAAAAUGAAUAUCUCCCCCACACCGUUUUUAAACAUACCGUACACACAGGAUUGUUUUUAGAAAAGUUUUCCUCCACACAAACCCGUGUAAAUUCACCACUGACCAUUGUCUAAAACAUGCUAGAUGCAUAGGGGGAAGGCUUUCUUAUGGAAACACAGAAACUGCUAUGUUUUUAAAGAGUGCUGGAGCAGCAAUUAUGCAAGAAUAACCACGGUUAAUCACUGAAAAAAGCAUGUAAGUGCCAUGUUUUACUUGCUAAUUUAUUGAAAUAAAAAAACCUGAUUAAGAGUAA